ACAGGGAAAGUGAAGGGCGGCAUGGAAGCUUCUUGAAUAUCCUGAGGGGCCCUGGCGAACCUGCCCCAGCAGUUAGUUCUUCAAGUGUCUCCCGGCUGCUGCUACUGAGUACAAUACUUCAAAUAGUGGACUUCUGUCGUCUCUUGCAUCUCUCCAGAUAUACCCUCAGACGUCGUUUGCUUGAGCAUCCAUCCAUCAUGGCUGAGUCAAAUAGCCGUCCUCGCGUGUUCUUUGACAUCCAGAUUGGGGAUAGAAAGGAGGGCAGGAUUGUCUUUGAGUUGUUCAACGAUGUUGUCCCAAAGACCGCAGAGAAUUUCCGCGCUCUUUGCACGGGAGAGAAGGGUGUUGGAAAGCAGGGCAAGCCAUUGAGCUAUAAGGGCUCGAUUUUCCACCGGGUCAUUAAGCAGUUCAUGAUCCAGGGUGGUGACUUCACUGCUUUCAAUGGUACUGGCGGCGAAUCGAUCUAUGGCGAGAAGUUCCCCGACGAGAACUUCGAGCUCAAGCACGACCGCCCCUUCCUACUGUCCAUGGCCAACUCUGGUCCUGGCACCAACGGCAGCCAGUUCUUCGUGACCACCGUUCCCACCCCUCACCUAGAUGGCAAACACGUCGUGUUCGGAGAAGUGAUCAACGGCAAGAGUCUUGUUCGCAAGAUCGAGAACAUUCCUACCCAGGCAGACAAGCCCGUUGUGGAUGUGACCGUGGUGGACUGUGGUGAAUUGAAGGGUGAGGACUACCAGAAGGCUGGAGAGAAGAUCGUCGAUAGCACUGGCGACACAUACGAAGACUACCCCGACGACCACCAGGGAGAGGAACUGUCCGCGCCUCUGGUUUUCAAGAUCGCCUCUGAAUUGAAGGAGUUUGGUAACAAGGCUUUCAAGAGCGGCAACACCGAGCUCGGACUCGAGAAGUACCAGAAGGGCCUGCGCUACCUCAACGAAUUCCCGGAACCGGGUGACAACGAUCCCAAGGAACUUGGUCCGCAGAUGAAGGCUCUCCGCUUCACCCUUCACUCCAAUUCUGCUCUCCUCGCCAACAAGCUGGGCCAGUUCAAGAACGGUCAGACUUGGGCCACCUACGCCAUCGAGACUGCGGCUGCAGCUAACGCCAAGGACGCUGAUAAGGCCAAGGCCUAUUACCGUCGUGCAGUCGCCAAUAUCGGUCUGAAGGAGGAAGAGGAGGCCCUCAAGGACCUCCAGGAGGCCUCCAAGCUUGCUCCCGGCGAUGCCGCCAUCACGAACGAGAUUGCUAGGGUUAAGAAGACCGUCAAGGACCGUGAGGCCAAGGAGAAGGCUGCCCUGAGGAAGUUCUUCUCGUGAAAUCCGGAUAACUAUCUCUCAUUGUUGAAGAAGUUCAACUUAGAGAACUAGACUCAACACAUUGUCUGGUGUGGUCCGAUUGGAUACGAAAAGGACAUGUGUGUCUCGAUGGGUUGCUCUUAAUGAUCAUGAGCUCUUAUUUGCUUAAAACGUGGUGUUUCUGCAUUAUGGGCAGCAUGGAGAAAUGGCGCAAUUCUGCUUCCGUGGGGAAGUCAGGUACAGUGGGCUUUUGUUCUUAUGGACGCAGGAUGGGCAAUAGUCUCUCAGAUGAGAAGUAAAGAAUGAAAAGUUAAUCAUUGAUAUAUUGCAGA